AUGGAGAGUGUUCAGACUGUGGAUGUGAGCUGGCUCCAUCACUCACAGAAAGGCAAGUCUUUUGGCCCAACCCUUCCCUAUCCUGAGCCGUCUUUCGAACCGACAGCGGAACUCCGCACAACUUCUUACCGAGGGCCAACCACGCCCCCGUCCUCAGGGAACUCUGCGCCGCAGCGAGAACCCGAGAAUAAUGUCGCGAAACCUGAGGAGAAGGAAAAGCCGCUGCAACCAUCCUUGCCGGAGAAAACUGCCGAGCCGAAACUGCCGGCUACCCCAUCUCCAGCGUCGCAGAAGAGUGCUCCGAAACCAGUCGGUGGACGGCGGAAUUCCUGGAUCUCUAGUCUGAGCUCAAAGUUCUCUUCUGGGUCAACCCCGCCAUCUCAGUCAAGCCUCAAGGCUUCACCGGCGAGCCCCAAAGCCACUUCUCCCCUCGAUACGCACAAUCCAUUCGGGGCGGCAUUUUCGCCUAAGGAUAAAGAGGACGAGAAGAAGGACGAGCCCAGUCCCUUCACCUCAUCAUCACCCAAAGGCCCCUCAUUCCUUCACAAUGCUUUGCGCAAGUUUUCAUCCAAUUCGGGUGGACUGCCCAAGUUACCACCCAACGGGGUGUGUUGCCCUCGCCGGGUGAUGAAUUUGGAUCCAAACCGAGAGCGUUGCAAGAUUUCCGAGUUGAACCAGUCUAAACUGAACCGAGUCGCAUUUUGCGUGGACGUGGAGAUUGCGGGUAUCUCUCAUCGAGACACCGAUGAAGAUGCUCCCCCCACUAACCAGCUACGCCAAUCCCUCCCCGAGUCACACCGGCAGAAAGCUAAAAAGGCCGAGGCGGCCAAGGAGCAAGCUAAAGAGGAAGCUGAAGUAUCAAAAGAGCCCCAGCCCGCAGUAGUCGAAAAAGAUACCCCAGCCCCGACCCCAGCUCCAGCUCAGGAUCCUGCAUCUGCUCAGGGCACAUCGCCAUCACCAUCUCCACCCACCGAAGCCAGCAGCCCACCAAAUGCUGAGCCCGCUCUAUCCGAGCCCAACAAUAAUCCUAGCGCUACGCCCGGAACAGAUGCGAAGCCCAACGGCGAAGCCAAAGACCCGUCAAGGAAAGCAGAGAAGAAGAAACGAUCGGAGGAGGAACGAAAGGAACGGAAAGAACGCAAACGGAGACAGGCCGUUGCAAAUGGCUCAAUACCCUUGCAACUCUCCGCCGACACAGAAGAUGACGAAGCUCGACCACCAGCAAACGGCACAGCCCGCGCGAAGACUCAAAGCCAUCCUACAACAGAUCCGGUUCGGAUAUACCGCCGAUGCUGUCAAUUACGAGAAACACCAGUCCUCAAAAGAGUCGUUGAUGAGAUUUCCUCUCCUUCAUCGACUCUAGCCGAAUCCCCCGGAACCGUCGGCGCUCUCGAUCUCAGCAAUUUCCCGAUGACAACACAAGACAUCGCAACCUUCAGUGACUGGCUCGCGAUCGUUCCCGUCCGAAAGCUUCUUCUCGAAAAUUGUUCAUUGAAUGAUGAAUCCAUCCGGGCUAUUCUGGCAGCUUUGCUUGCCACGAAGACAGUUGAACAGAUGCGUUCUCGGCGAAGACGCGCUAGGAGAGCGGAUUCGCCGCCCGUCAAGGACGAACGAUGGGGUGUUGUGGAGAAGCUGUCCCUCAAAGGCAAUACCAAAAUCGGCCGCGAAGGAUGGCGCCAUAUUGGUUUGUUUGUUCAUUUGUCUAGAUCUUUGAAGGCAAUCGACAUUUCUGGAAUUCCAUUCCCAAAAUGUCAGGUUCCAUCACCGGAUGGAUCAACCCAGCCGUUGACCAAGCCCGAUGUCUGCAAUGUCUUCGCCGACGCUCUUGCCGAACGUUUCAGCGGCGACCAUCUUGAAGAGCUCCUAAUGAGUGAAUGCAAGCCUUCCAGCGGGCAGGUCAAGAGGAUAUGUGAGGCCGCCACGAAAAUGGGGCUGCGCCGGCUGGGUCUUGCGAACAACGGCCUAACGAGAGAAAGCUUGGGGCAUGUCAUCGAGUAUCUUAGGUUUGGCCAAUGCGAAGGUCUAGAUCUGGGAGGAAAUAUCAUCAAGGAUGAUAUCGAUAUUCUCACAGAGGCCAUCGAGCCCGAGCUACCACUGUAUGCGCUCAGUCUUGCAGACUGCUCCUUGAACCCAACGGUAAUAUGUCGACUGCUUCAGGCCCUCACCCGGCUUCACAAUUUGCGCUUCAUCGACUUUUCCCAUAAUCGAGAUUUGUUCUCGGUCCAGCCGACCUCUAUCGGUGCAUUCCGACGCUUCCUCCCCAAAAUGCCUUCUCUGAAGCGGAUCCACCUGGCCGAUGUCGCGCUCGCUCCAGACAAUGUCAUUGGCCUUGCCGAGAUCCUUCCGGAAUGCCCAAGUCUGUGCCACUUGAGUAUCCUAGAAAAUCCUCAGAUUGUCUCAUUGGCUUCCGGUACAAAUCCCGAGAUCCAAGAGGAAGCAUGCGCAGUAUAUGCUUCAAUGCUCGCCGCUGUCCGCGUAUCGCAGACAAUCAUUGCCGUUGAUAUCGAAAUUCCGACAGCGGAGAACAACGAAGUUGUGAAGGCUCUUGCGUCCCAGAUUGUGGCCUAUUCUCUGCGGAAUCUUGAGGGUGGCGCCAUCGCUGAAGAACUGUCCGAGACGAUAUCUUCAUCUCAAUCCAGAGAUGUGCCAGUACCAGAGAUUCUGCAACACAUUGUGGGACAUGCGGGCUUCCCCAGCACUGAGGAAAUCGCUGGCGGCGACGAAGAAGACGAACCGGCUCCCGAUGAAGACUAUGUCAUUGGUGGCACUGGUGUCGUCAAGGCCUUGGGUGUCUGCCUUGGUAAUUUGGACCAGCAGUCUGGUGAAAUUGGCGGUGACAUGUCUCUGCCUCCAAGUGGCACUACCACCCCCAGACGCCGCAAGUCUCGAAGCGUUGUCACUAAGCGACCCCGCGAUAUGUCGAAGAAUCUGCUGGAGUCGGCACGUAACAUUCGCACUCGUAUCCAGUCGGCCCUUGUCCGCGAGGACCGAGCUGGUAACGAUGCCAACUAUAGACGCCUUCAAUUCUUGGAUUAUACCUUGCAUAAGAUGAUCCAGCGCUUCGAAGACGAAUAUCCUGAAACGCGUCUCCCUCAAGUAACACCGGCAUCGGUUGCGCCCGACAACGGAUCUCAGCAUUCGAGUGAAGACGCCAUUGACCCGGGUGCCCUUAGUAGCAAUCUGACCAGCAGCAUUAUCGAAAAUGAGAAUGCUGUCGACGACGAAGAAACCGACCAAUACGCAAUUCAUCUAUCUCGCACUAGCUCAAUGACAUCUCUGCACGCUCGCGCCAUGACCUCAGAAGAAGGCCACGUCCACCGUCUCGGCCAAAAUCUCCGCCGUGACUUCCUCAACCCAUCUAUGGGCGAGGGCGAGGUGGACGAAGAUGACCAGUCCCAUCUCGUCGCUCUCCGCGAGAAGUUGGAACGUCUCCACGAACAACAAUCACAGUCGCCAUUCGACAGCGCCCGUGCUGAAGAAGCCUUUGAGAAACUCGGCAACACGGUCGAUGAGCUCUGGGCAGCUCAACACCAAGAUGCCGAGGGUUUCGAGAAAUUCAAGCAAUCGCAGAUCGCAGCUCAUAUUAAUAGUCGAAUGGCUUUAUCUGGUGCUAGCGAUCCCGCUGCCGACGAGGAGGGUCAGGUCUCCGGAAGCAAGUCGCCUUCUUCGUCUUAG